AUGAAUAAUAUCGUGAGAGCUUGGCGAGAAUAUGAAUCCUCAACCAACCAAGGCUCCGCUGAUGGCCAUCUGUUGAGCCGUGGUGUGGCGGAGGCCAUCUACGACUGGUUGAAGUGCAGUUUUUCAUGUACCAUUCAUGCUGUCGCUCACUGUUGUGCUCCCCAGCCUUUCCCUCGAGCAGUGAGGGGAUGUGUCUGUAUCGACGCCGACGAGCUUAGCAUGAAGCUUUUACGACCGUCCAUCGAGUUCAAGCCACAAAAUCAACCCAUCAAUGUUAAGCAGCACGCCAAAGUCCGGGGAAUGCGCCCUGGCGCUGAGAUGGCGACUCCUAAUUGUAGUCUACUAUCGCGGAGAAUUUGA